AUGUCUCUACACAAGAUCAAGCACAUUGUGCUCGUCCUCUCGGGCAAAGGUGGGGUGGGCAAGUCCUCAGUCACAACACAGCUCGCCCUCUCUUUGUCCCUCGCCGGCCACUCGGUAGGCGUCCUCGACGUCGACCUUACCGGACCUUCAAUACCACGGAUGUUCAACAUUGAGCAUGCCAAGGUCACGUCUGCCCCAGGCGGCUGGCUGCCUGUGCCAGUCCACCCCGCCAAACCAGAAGCCGGCAUUGGCGAGCUUCGGUGUAUGAGUCUAGGCUUCCUGCUGCAGGGUCGGGGCGAUGCUGUCGUCUGGAGGGGCCCAAAGAAGACCGCCAUGAUCCGCCAGUUCCUUUCUGAUGUCCUCUGGGGCGAGCUCGACUAUCUCCUGAUCGACACACCUCCGGGCACCUCUGACGAGCACAUCUCUCUGGCCGAGACCCUGCUUAAGGACGCCCUUCCUGGCCAGGUCGCUGGGGCAGUGGUGGUCACCACGCCUCAAGCCGUCGCCACCGCUGAUGUUCGCAAGGAGCUCAACUUUUGCAAGAAGACAGGCAUCCCCGUCAUCGGGGUCGUGGAGAACAUGGCCGGCUUCGUGUGCCCCAACUGUGCAGAAUGCACAAACAUAUUCGGCAAGGGAGGCGGCCAGGUCAUGGCUGACGACUUUGGCGUGCCAUUCCUCGGACGAGUACCCAUCGACCCCCAGUUUGUCAUACUCAUUGAGACUGGAAAGCGGCCCGUUUAUCCCAAAGGCACCACCAUCAACGGCCAGGACUUUUCUGCGUCUAUGCCGCCGAGCUCUGGCGAGAACCCUGCCACCUCCCAUGAAGUCAAGGAUGCGGGCGCGCUUGCCGAAAAGUACAAAAGCUGCUCACUGGAGCCCAUCUUCAGGAAGCUCACUCAAGAUAUUAUUACUUCUGUUGGUUGA